CCCACCUUCCUCCCACCAACGAAAAGGCAAACCCCGCCCCAUUUGGAAAUAUAAAUAGCCCUGCAGGCGUAGAUCGAGCACCUCACCCCAUCGGCCCAUCUUUCUGUUAAAAAUAGCAGCCCCGCACCACCGCCCAUCGCAUACAUACGGAAUCUGAGAGCAGCUAGCAAACGCGGAUCUGCAGGAAAUCGAGCAGGCGGAGUAGAAGGAGAAGGUGGGGUUGGAAGACGAGGGGAGGAGGGGCGACCUGCAGAACACUAACCCCAACGAGCGAAAGGGGAUGGGUGGAUCAGGAGGAGGAGGAGGAGGCAAGAGAGCGGACUGGGCUGGGAUGAUGAUCGCCGUGGCGGCGGUCAGUCUUGUGCUGGAGGGCUCGGUGGUCGCAGCGGCCACGAGGCAUGUGGUCGGCGGCAGCGGCACUGGAUGGACCAUCCCGCCCAACGCCAGCUUCUACGGCGAGUGGUCGUCCUCCCAGACAUACGUUGUGGGCGACACCCUUGUUUUCAACUUCCCAACGGGGAUCCACAACGUGAUCCAAGUGCCAAAAUCCAGCUACGACGCCUGCACCGCCCAGAACCAGAUCGGCUCCACCCUGUCCACCGGCCCCGCCACCGUCACCCUCACCUCCUCCGGCGCCCAUUAUUACAUCUGUGGCGUCAGCGGCCACUGCUCCACCGGCCAGAAGCUGGCCAUCACCGUUGCCUCGUCGUCCUCGGCCGGCCCCGCGCCUACCCCGACGGCCGGCGGUCCCACGCCUUCCGGCGCCCCAGCGCCCGCAUCAUCCGGGCCCUCCGGCGUCUCGCCGGCCGCAUCCGGGCCCUCCGGCGUCUCGCCGGCCGCAUCCGGGCCCUCCGGCGUCUCGCCUAGCUCCGCUCCACCGCCGCGCCCCUUCAUCUUCUCCCUGUCGCUCGCACUUCUGUCGGUCGCUUCCAGCUGCUUGAUAUUUCUCUAGAUACACGACGAGACGGAUGGAUUAGAUGGAUAGUGACGAAAAGUAUGCUGUCGCAGCACGUGGUCGGUCCCCUUGCCCCUUCAUUCUUCUUAUAUUAUUUUUAUAUAAUUUCCGGGUCCUUUUUCGAGCUGUUAGUAUUUGUCGCGCGUGUGUGAGAGGGGCAAGGGGCACGGCCGAAUAAUCUCUCUCUGUGGGGCAUGAGAUAAUAAUAAUGAUCACAUAACAAUGAGCAUGCAUCUGUUCUUCCUUUCCUCCCA